AUGGAGGAAAAGGAUGCAACAGGAGAAAACUCCUUUGAGUCCUUGGAGGAGUUUCAGGCUGUCCUCAGCCAGCUGGUCGGGGACAAAAGCCUGGACAAGAUCCGGGUCGAGUACGAGAAGCUCAUCCAGGCCCUGAAGAAGUCACGAGAAAAUGAGCAAAGGCUGAUGUCGAAAUGCAGGGAGCUGAAUGCAGAGAUUCUGUCAACGUCGACCAAAGUGUCAGCUGCUCUGAAACUGUCUCAAGAAGACGAGGCAACAAUAGUGUCACUGAAAAGGGAGCUGGACAAAGCUUGGAAAAUGGUCGAUGCCGCCCAUGAGGUAGAGAAGAAGGACAAAGAGAGUAUCAGGAAUUUAAAAGGAGAAGUUUUCAACCUUACAAAAAUAACCGAACAACAAGCUGGCCUUUCCUCAGAGAAGGCACGGAGUGAUCUCCUAAGGAUGACCGAAGAGUUGACGGAUCAGAAGAAUCAGCUGGAGAGAACGGUAGAGGGUCUGAGAGAGAAACUAAGCAAGUCCAUCACAACGCAGCAGGAGAUAGAGGCCCAACGGGAGAGUUCCCUCCAGAGUGUUUCUCAGCUCCAGCAGGAGCUCCAGGUACAGCAGAACGAGAUUUCCAGAGAGAUGAGAUUGAAGGAAAAGCUGGACAAGGAGGUCAAGCAGCUGCACGUGGACAUGGACGCCAAGAUGGCUGACAUCAAAGCCCUGAAUGUUCAGGGCCAGAAGGCCAAAGAGGAGCAGCAGAGACUGGAGCAGCAGCUCAAAGAGCUGAAGAUCCUGCACGAGCGCUCCACCAAGGAUCUGGAGCAGAUGCAGUUGAAGAACACCAAACUACAGCAGGACAACGAGCAGCUCUCAUCAACCAAAGACCGCCUGUCUCUGGAAAACCAGCAGAUAACAAAUGAGCUGAAGAUGAGAGAAGAUGAGGUGGGUCACAUGCGCCAGGAGGUUGCCAAACAAACAAAGAUGAGGGAAGCCAUCCAGAAGAAGUUCCACCAGUUGGAGGAGCAGAAAUCUGAUGUAGAAGUUCAAAGGGAGACCCUCAAAGCUCAAAUCACUGGUCUGGAGAAAGAGCUGGAAUCUUCCCAAAAGCAAGUGGAUGUUGACAAAAAAGCCAAAGACGAGCUGAUUCGAGAGCGGGAUAACUUAAAUAAGAACAUGAUAAAAGCUGUGCAGUCCACCGAGAAACAGCAGGACUUCGUCAAGCUCCUGGAGCAGGACAAGAAGGCCUUAGAGCACGAGAUCAGUGGCUACCGGCAGGAGGCCCAAAAGCAGCGUAAGAUCAUCCAGCAGUUGGAAAAGGAGCGGGACCGCUACAUCAACGAGACCAGCAGCCUCAUGCAGAAGGCACAGUACAGUUUACCCUAUUAUUUAUUAAUAUCUAAUAUUUUAUUACUACUUCAGUCUAAGCCGGGGACACUUUCCUUCCUCCUACAGGUGCAGCAAAAAAUGAACGACGUGGAAGUCAGAGAAAUGGAAAUAUUUGACUGGAAGAAGAAAGUGACGGAGGCGGAGUGUAAGGUCAAACAGCAGGAGAACCUGUUGGAGUCUGUCGUGUCUGAGAGAAACCUCUACAGUAAAAACCUCAUUGAGACUCAGGAGGAAAUUGUGGAGAUGAAGCGAAAGAUGAAGACCAUGAACAACCAGGUGACCCGGCUGAGGGACGAGAUCAGUGGGAAGGAGCAGGCCCUGGCGAAAGAUCAGCAGGACUACAAGCGCCUGGAGAAGGAAAAAGAAGCCUUAAAGGGAGAUCUCCAGUCCAUGAAGCUGCAGCUGGAGGAAACGAAGCAGCGCGUGGAAAGUCAAAAAGCGGAGCAGCUGAAGCUGCAGAAGAUCAUAGCCGACACGGAGGGGGAGCAGAUCCAGCAGAGGAAGCAGCUGGAUCAGGUCAAAAGAGAGCGGGACAGUCUGGGCAAGCAGCUUCUACAUCGCAACGACGAGCGGGCGCUGCUGUACGAGAAGAUCAGGAUCCACCAGUCCAUCCUCAGCAAGGGGGACUUCCACUACAACCAGAGGCUGGAGGACAUCCACCUGCUCAAGCUGGAGAUCAAGAAGCUCCGGCGCAGGAAGAGCAUCCUGGACAAGACUCUGCCCAACACGGAGGAGCUGAGGCAGGAGAUUUUCCACCUGCAGAAACAGCUGCUCAGAGAGAGGACGAGGAGCAGCGUCCUGGAGGAGCAGCUGAGGCCCAUAAACAUCCACAGGUGGAGGCAGCUGGAGGGAAAUGACCCCGGAAAAUACCAGCUCAUCCAGAAGGUUCAGGCUCUUCAGAAGCGGCUGAUCGCUAAAACCCAGGAGCUCGAGGAACGGGAACUCCUAUUACAGGAAAAGGAGAAGCUCUAUGUGGAGCUGAAGCUGAUUCUGGCCCGCCGGCCGGGUCCAGAAGCGGCCGAGCAGCUCCAGCAGUGCCAGUGGACGAUCCGAGACCGGACCAGAAAGCUUAAGGCGCUGAUAGCGGAGCUGACGAUGCUCGACUCAAAGAUGAACGAGUACAAAAGUGAGAACCAAAGACUGGCCAACGAGCUGGCGAACGUUAAGAAGAAGUACCUGAGUCAGAAGAAGCUCCACAGUGAGCAGAGAACCCGGACGAAGCUGGAGCAGCUGGGUCCUCUGCCCCAGCUGGGCAGCAGGCCCCACUUUACAGGCGGAGGCUUCAGGAUCGACAACCCUGUCAGACCGCAGUGAGCACCACCAAAAAAGACGCUUCGAAUCCGAGCUUCUGGCCCCGUUUCUGCAUUUCCAAGUGAAAAAUUUCCUCUGCUGAGACCUCACGCUGAUACAAACAAAGCCUCUCAUCAUCUCAGUCCCCUAUUUAAACAAUAUAUUAGGUUUUUUAUGCCUCUGAUUAACUCAAUGUGUUUAAGGCGCAGACCAGAACCACUAAAAAUUGAAGGGAAAUUCGUAAAAAGAGAGUUAUUGAACCUCUGAUGCUGAUACUGAACACAAAAUCCAGUAUCGGUUUGCAAGUGAACUUCAAAAAGAAGCUUUAGGUUUCUGCUUUUUGGAAAUAUGGCAGAAUUUACUCAAUUUUUUGCUCAAACUUUUGCAUUUAAGUGCUGACGCUGUACUGUUUGUCACCUUUGGUUGCCUUCCUUUGAAAUGA